AAGCCUCCGUUCGAAGAAUUUUGCAUGGAAAAGCCUUCUCGCUACAGGAUAUUUUAAACUUAUAAACAAAAGAAUGCUAUGGAGUAGGCUUGGUAUUUGAUCUUCUUUUGUGCUGGGCUGUGUGCUGUGUUGUGCUCUCUCUUCUGUCAAAACAUAUCAGCUGGCACAACAAUCAGUCAAGGCAGCCUGGUACUUAAAUCCCAAAACUUGUGCAUCCUUCGUUCCUCCUCGAGAGAAGCUAUGGAGCUUUUACUGCUGUCCUGGAAUGCUCUUUACGUCCUCGCGUUUCUACUCUCUUUCUGGCUGAUCUACCGUAAGUUCUACACCUCCCAAGGAUCAUCCACGAUCAAACUCCCGGCGGGAAGCCAUGGCUGGCCUCUUGUCGGAGAAUCUGUCUCUCUCUUCCUGGGAUCCCCUCUAGACUUCCUCACCACUCGACGCAAGAGAUUUGGAGGAGUUUUCUCGAGUAACUUGCUUGGAUCUCCCACCAUUGUCACAACAACAGUAGAGGCAGCCAAGUUCUUCCUCAGCUGUGCUGAAUGCGGUCCCUCAGGCUUGUUUGGCCGAUUGUUUGGGCCGGAAUCUAUAAGCCAAGCCGUCGGGAGUGACCAUGCGCUCUACCGGAGAAUCAUGUUGGGGAUGAUGGUUCCAGAGGUGCUCAAACACCAUGUCGAGAAGAUCGAUAACUUGGCUCAGGAGAUUCUAGAGUCGUGGGGAUCGAAGAAGACGGUAUCGGUUAUGGAAGAAACUGUCAAGUUUAGCUAUUGUACGGUGAUUGGAUUCGUGUGCCAGAAACUGCUGCCCACCACUCCGGACACGAUCGAUCUCAUGCGAGACGUCCAAGCCAUAGAGACGGGGCUGCUCCAGUUUCCAAUCGACAUACCCUUCUCACCUUAUCACAAAGCAUUGCAGGCCAGGGCAAGGCUCCACACAUUCUUGGAUGGGCUCAUCAACGAGAGGAGGGCACAAGUAGCUGCCAAGGGCGAGACACACAAAGAUGCAUUGGGCGAGUUUGUUACGCACAAAGAUGACAAGGUUGGAACCCUCUCCAAUCAACAGGUGGAAGACAAUCUCAUGGCACUGUUGUUUGGAGGCCACCACACUACAGCUCUGGCUCUCCUGUGGCUGAUCAAAUACUUACAUGAGAAUCCACAAGCUUUCAAGGAAGUGGAGGAAGAGCAAAAACAAGUCCUCCUUGAGAAAGGCUCCACAAAGUAUAAGUUAACAUGGGAAGACACAAAGCUGAUGCCAGCCACUCUAAGGGCUGUCCACGAGACUCUAAGGCUUUCUAAUGUUGUGGGGCUGGUGACACGUAAAAUCACCAAGGACAUCAGCUACAAUGGUUAUACCUUGCCCAAAGAUUGGAUGGUGCACGUCCAUAUGUCAGCAAUCCACUUAGAUGAGAGCAUUUACCCCAAUGCAACAAGAUUUGAUCCAUCUAGAUUUAAAGUCCCAGCUAAAACUGGCACAUUUAUUCCAUUUGGCUCUGGACAAAGAACAUGCCCAGGAAGUGCACUAGCUAAGUUAGAGCUAUGCAUUUUCAUACACAGGCUUAUCACAAAAUACAGAUGGGAGCCAGUGAAUCCAAAUAGUAAAACAAGCUACUGGCCAAUGCCCACAGUGAAUGAUGGAUACCUCAUACAAACUAUGUCCAUCCAGUAAAGAAACAAGGAGAAAAUAAAAGCCCCUGGAUUGCCUUUGCUGA